AUGAAGACAAUUCUUCCGAUUACCAUCUCAGUGUCCAUCACUGGUGUUAUCGCCCAGCAGGUCUUAGUUGAAGAGUGGCUCAGCGGAGAUUGUAAUGGGCGACCUUUCGUCACCGCCAAUGUCUACGGAGGAGCUGAUGGAACUUCAUGUGUCAACGUCGAGCAGUUCCCAGCUACGAACAUCAAAGUUAGUCUUGUGAAGCCUUGCAAUGAUGGAACGAUUCCAGUUAUCAAGGUAUCAAGUGUUGAAUGUGCGCAGUUCAAGACCGAAACGGUUCUGAGCGCAGAUGGGUCAUGCAAUUCUGUAGACUUUGCUCCUUGGGCCUAUUCAAUCUCGUGUAACUAG